CCCUCAGGCCUCCUCCCGCGUCCUCCUCCUCCUCCUCGCAGACACACCGGCCGCGCCGCCAUGUCCUCCACCUCCGCGCCUCCCGAGUACUCGCCCUUCUUCGCCGUCAUGGGCGCCUCGGCCGCCAUGGUCUUCAGCGCCUUGGGAGCAGCAUAUGGCACUGCAAAGAGUGGCACGGGUAUUGCAGCCAUGUCAGUCAUGCGGCCAGAGCUGAUCAUGAAGUCCAUCAUUCCCGUUGUCAUGGCUGGUAUUAUAGCAAUCUAUGGCUUGGUAGUGGCAGUCCUCAUUGCCAACUCCAUCUCGGAAACAAUCUCACUAUUCAAGAGCUUCCUCCAGCUGGGUGCCGGCCUGAGCGUCGGCCUGAGUGGGCUGGCGGCCGGCUUUGCCAUUGGCAUUGUGGGCGACGCCGGCGUACGGGGGACCGCGCAGCAGCCCCGGUUAUUUGUGGGCAUGAUCCUCAUCUUGAUCUUCGCCGAAGUCUUGGGUCUUUACGGCCUCAUUGUCGCCCUGAUCCUUUCCACAAAGUAAAGGGUGGGGGGGAAGAAACAAAACAAAACAAAAAAAUCACCACAGCGUAUGAUUUAAACAAAAAAAAAAAGAUGACCCCUUCCCCCAGCUCCAGAAUGAAAAUGGUCUCUCUCCACAAUGUGUACAGUUGUCAUCAGUUUGGUAGUUGAUCUCUUGUAAAUGCGCAAUGUAUGUUAGUGACUCGUCUGUCCUGUAUGUACUUCAAUAUUAAAAUACUGGAUGAGCUGCCUCAAGCCCCCUUAGCAAGACUUGAGGGAAGCUCACGUACAAUUUUCCAUCCAUUUUGCCAUUAGAGUACUUUAUGUAUAAAUAUGAAUUAGAAAUGGUAACUUUUUUCUCUUCAUUGGAUGUUUUAUUUAUAAGACUUGACAUGUUCAUACAUAUGGAGCAAGAGUUUUCAAUUUCCCAUGCUAUAUAUAUAUUAAUCUCAUAUAUAGGUAGAUUAAUACACUGUGGGGUUAAUUGUCAGUGCAGAGAAAUCCUUGGAUGUCAUUUGAUUCUAAAAGAUUGCUGUUUUGUCCUGAUAUUGGAGUGUGAGACUGUUUGUGUUGAUAACAAUAACAGCAGAAAUGUCCGAGACACUCCCGUGUUCCAAGUAGUAAAAUCUGUAUGCUCCGGCAUCCAAAGUUGUGCACCCAGUGUUGGGUUUUGCAGUUAUACGUUUCCAGGUAAUAAAAUUUCCUCCACUACAUCAUUGUAAAGAGGUGUGUCUUGGUGUGAUUGUGUAUCGGGGGGGAAACCGAUCAUCGGACACUCUAGCUCUUCAUGCCUGGACUGUGCAAGCCUGUCUCGAUAAAUGGGGUGCAAGAGGUGGCUGGAUUGUUAAGUGUGGGACAAUAUUAAAUGGUAUAUUUCCAUAUUCCA